GCCACGCCUCCUCCUCAUCACUUCCGUAUUGUUCACAUGGGUCCUGGCUUAAGGCGAAUGGAACGUUUAGUGGGUAUGGGUGUGGGGCCGCUGGCUGUAGGUGCAGUUGGUCUUCUGUUGCUAUUGCGGAUGAUCCACAGAGCGAAAAGAAAGCAAAGCGUCCAGGAUAAAGUGGUGGUGAUCACUGGAGCCAGUUCAGGCCUGGGCAAAGAAUGUGCGCGAGUGUUUCAUGCCGCGGGUGCACGACUCAUCCUGUGUGGACGUGACCAGAAGCGACUACAGGAGGUCGUCGAGGACUUAAGGGCUAAAACAGAUGGCAAAACAAAGACAUAUACACCCUGUACAGUGACCUUUGACCUCUCUGACACGGAGAGAGUGACCAGGGCAGCGGGGGAGAUUCUGAAAUGCCACGGUCACGUGGACGUCCUCAUUAACAACGCAGGCAUUAGCUACCGAGGUUCCAUCCUGGACACACACGUGUCUGUGCAGAGGAGUGUCAUGGACACUAACUACUUCGGGCCUGUUGCUCUGACUCAAGCAAUUCUUCCCUCCAUGGUGGAACGAGGUGCCGGACAUAUAGCCGUCAUCAGCAGCGUGCAGGGGAAGAUCGCCAUUCCCUACAGAUCUGCUUAUGCAGCUUCCAAGCAUGCGACACAGGCGUACUUCGACUGCUUACGGGCCGAGGUGGAAAGAUUCGGCCUACACGUGUCAGUCAUCAGCCCUGGAUACAUUAGAACCAACCUGUCAGUCAACGCUGUUACUGGAGAUGGAGCCAGAUAUGGUGUGAUGGAUAAGACCACAGCAGCAGGUCGGGACCCGGCAGACGUAGCUCGCGCUGUCCUGAAGGCUGUCACUUAUAAACAGAAAGAUGUUUUAUUAGUCGAGUCGCUGCCAGCGCUCGCCGUCUACCUCCGAACCCUCUGGCCGUCUGCCUACUUUAAAGUGAUGGCUUCUCGAGCCAAGAAAGAGAAGGGAAUAAAAGACCAAUAAGUUGCAGCCACAAUUCACAGUGAGAUCAAUUCUUUUUUAUGUGCUUUUAAAAGUAUAAUAAUAAAAAUAAUAAUAAUAAUAAUAAUAAAUAAUCCCAAUCAGUUGGCUCACAUACUUCAGUCCUUCCAUUUCAAGCCUGUUUUUGCCAAUUUUUGGCCCUGAAAUAGGUUUGAUUAGAGUUGAAGCAGAUUGUUCAUGCUGCUCUUUUAACAUAUUCAGUAAGGAUUUUCUGGGAACAUUUAAAGUCAGUCAGAAGUACACAAUGGACAGAGUAGGCCAAGCCAUCUCUGGACACCAUUUCCACACAUUCACACACUCCUUCACACCUAGAGGCAAUUUAGAGUAGCCAGUUAACCUACGGUGAGAGGAAAAUGAUGGAAUCCCAUGAAGACAGGACAUGCAGACAGUAACAUGAGCUCAGGAUUGAGGCUGGAACCCUGGAGCUGUGAGGCGGUAAAGCGACCUGCUGUUAUGUUUAGAGAUUUUGACAUUUGAACAUAGAUUUUGAAUGAUGGUUGUGGUAAUGUAAUAAAGCUAAUUAUUGGAA